AUGUAUUCCCGGUUACCGACGGGUUACAUAACAAAGUCGACUAUCAUUGUGGUGGGAGGUGGUUUGCUCGGAUACGCGGCUACUGAAAUGCUAUGGGGCUCCGAGACUUUUUACAAUAAAGCGGUGAUGCCGCUUGUUCAUAAGCACAUUGACGGGGAAGCAGCCCACAAUCUCGCCGUUCGUGCAGCUUCUUGGGGUCUCAUUCCGCGAUUUGGACCCAAUCGAAGGGAAUAUGACGAACUAGCAUGUGAGGUUCGACUUUAUCAUACAAAGCUA